AGCACAAUACUCAUUCCCCUACGUCCUGAAACGUAUCCCAGUUAAAGGUCAUCAAAUCAUCGAACUUAGCCCAAUUGAAGUUGCGAUCGAUGAAAUGCAAACCAAAGUUUCCAAAUUGGAGGAAGUCAUUUUACCACCGGCUGAUGUUAAGAAGCUGCAACUACGGCUCCAAGGUAGCGUUGCAGCGACAGUUAACGUUGGACCCCUGGCUUACGCCACAGCGUUUCUGGAUCCAAAAGUGGUUGGCAAAUAUGAGAUCGACCGAGUCGAGGAUCUGAAGGAUAUGUUCAGAGAUUUCAUAGGUGUUUGUAACACGGCUCUACAAUUGAACGCCCGCAUGAUAUCAUCCGAUCAGAAGGAAUACCAUUCAGCAUUGAAAGAAAACUACAAGAAACUGUGCUCAGCACUAAGUGAUCUGCUCGAUGAACCCUUCACGCCUAUCGAAGAUGGUAUGGCCACUCAGCGCAAUAGUAUGGCUUUAUUUAGUGGAACGCCACAUAACGGAAGUAGCGCUUAG